AUGGAUAAUAUUAAAAUAGUUCAUAAUCCCAUAAAAACCUAAAUUAGAUAUUUAGUUUUAAUAUUUUCCUCAUUAACAAUUGUAAAUAAAAAUAAAUAUUUAUAAUUUAAAAAAAAAAAAAAAUGCUAAAAUAAUAGUAUUUAAUAUCAACUAUUUUUUAAUUUAAAUAAAUAAAAGUUUGCUGAUUAUUAUAUUAUGGAUAUUCCAGCAUUAAUAAAAUCACAAAUAGAGGAAGUUUUUUCACCUAUAUAUGGCAAAGAAGAAACAUAAAUAUAUUAUAGCUUUCUAUAUUCUGUGUAUUCAAUUCCAAAUAUAAUUUUACCUUUAUUUGGAGGAAUAUUAUGUGAUUAAUUAGGAUACCGAAAAAUGACUCUAGUAUUUUUAUUUUUUAUAACUUUGGGAUAAAUAUUUAUUACAUAUGGAGUUAUAAAAAAAAGUAUAUUUAUAAUGAUUUUUGGUAGAUUUAUAUUUGGAAUAGGAGGUGAAUCAUUAAAUAUAUCAAUUAAUUCAUUAAUAGUUAAUUGGUUUUAAGGAAGUGAAUUAUCUUUUGCCCAAGCUUUGAAUUUAAGUUUUAUAAGAUCUGCAAGUGUUUUAAAUACUUUUAUGACUCCUAGAAUAGCAGAAUACAAAUCAAUGGAUUAGUGUUUCAUAUUUGGAAUUUUUAUUUGCUUUCUUAGCUUUUUUAGCUCCAUUUUACUCGUUUAUAUUGAUUAUAACUUAAAUCGAAAUAAUUUCGAAGAAUAAAAAGAAAAAAAAAAAUACAACUAAGAUUUAAGCAUAUGGGAAAAUAUUUUUUUAUUUAGUAAAAAAUUUUAAAGGACUUGCAAAAAAUUUAAUUUACUUUUUUGGGCUUUAUCAAUAUUAACAGUAUUUUUAUAUGUUGAAGUUAUUACAUUUAAUACAUUUUCCAGUUCCAUUUUAAUAGAACUAUGGUUACCAUAAGAUAAUACUUUAGAAAAAAAUUAAGAACUAGCAGGAGAAAUGAUGAGUAUUCCUUAUUUGAUGGCUUCUUUUUUAUUCCCUUUAUUUGGGUUUAUUUGUGAUAAAUAUGGACAGAGAAUAAAUUUACUAAUAGUAGCAUCUUUACUUUGUUUAACAUCUUUUAUAAUUUUCCCUAUUUUAUAUCCGGUUAUAAGUUUAUCAAUAUUAGGAUUGUCUUAUGCUAUGUUUGGAGCGGUAAUAUGGCCUACUAUAUCAUAUAUAAUUCCUUAAAAAAGAUUAGGAAUUGGCUACGGAGUAAUGAAUUCUAUUUAAAACUUUGGAACUGGAAUUAUGCCUCUAGUAAUUGCAUUUAUUGAAAUAAACGGAAACAGUAUGAGUGUGAUUUUUACUUUUAUAUCUAUUUCAAUUAUUAGUGUUUAUUUGUCAAUUGUAGUUUAAAGAAUUGAUUCUAGAUAAAAGAUUAGUUUAAAUGAAAAUGAUUAAA